UCAGUCGACAGUCAGAAGCUAGCCAGUCAUUCGGUGGAUACUUCAGAGUCAAAUGGUGCGAAGCAGUUGCAGUGCGUGUGCCGUGCGGAUUGUUAUAUUUUGUUAUUCAAACUCUGACUGAGUGUUUUUUUAUUUUUACAAUUUAUUUACAACAAAUAAAAUAAAACAAACCUGAAACACAAACAACAACAACAAAAACAAAACGACUUUGCAUUCUAUGAAUUAAAUUAAUAAGAAAAAAGGGAAAAAUUAAUCCAAUAAAAUCAAAUCAAAUCGAAAAACCAGUUUAAUUGUUUAUAAAUAAAUAAUAACGAAAAGAGACUCAAAUGGUUUUUGUAUGUUUUUUAAAAAAUCAACUACCCAUUGUUUUAUAUAAUUAUUGAUGUUUUGAAUAGUUUGUUAAACCCUAAAGAAAAAAGGAUAAAAAGCUAUUUUUAAAUUGAAUUUUUUCGAGUUUCAGAAUUGAAACAUCAUUUUUCAUAGAAUAAAAGGACAACGGGCUCGUUUUCUGUUAUUGUUCCAUGUGCUCCUUGCAAUUCAUUGAACCCUUAGUGUGCUGUGUGUACUUUUAGACCGAACCGAGUUUGGAAAUCCAUUUGGAUUUCCUCCCACUUUACGUACGUUUGUUUUUCUAAUACCAUAAGUAACAAUUCUAUAAUUGAACGAGAAAAGUAAUUAAUCAAACUUACACAUAAAACCUACAAUCAUCUUAUUUGUACAUACAAAAAUAUUGUAAAGAAAUUUAUAACAAAAGCGAAAAAAGUGUAAUUUGAAUGAAUGAGAAAUUUCAAUUGAUCGGAAGUGAAUACGAGAAUAAGAAAACGUGAAUACGAGAAUAAGGAUAUCAAGUGUGUUUCCUGUUCCUUUGAUUUUCCGUUGCCAAAAAGUUUUCGAGUAAUUUGUAAAUCGAAUCAUCGUGAAUGUCUUAAUUAAGACAAUUAACAAUUUGUGUGAACAUCAACGCGCUUUCAAAAAGGAUAUAUCGAAUUUUAUUUAUUGUGUAUUUUUGUAUUUUGAACUUAAUGUCGUCUUAUGAAUAGAAUUGGAUUUUGAAUCUGUCGAAAACGUAUUUUCGGGUACAUUUUACCAGUGAUGCCAGAUCUACAUUUUGGAUACUUUCUAUGUUGACUUCUUAAUUUAAACGAUCUUACAAAAUAGGCAUUUUCAACCAUAAAACGAUUCAACCAUUGAACCAACCAACAGCGCAUCCGUCAGAAAUUUUCAUUGCGAAGUUGUCGGCACAUUGUGUGCGCUUUACACACAAUGAGCGGAAAUAGUGUGCCAAACUCAAGGAACCCACAGCCAGACGAUGUCGCGGUCGCCGCUGUCGCCACCGUCGUCGUCAGGAGUAGGAGAUGCUGUUCGACUCCAGCCUUACUUUUAGCCCUCACAGCGAUGGUGAUGAUGACUUUUCUGCCAUUUGAAGUUGCGGGGAAACAUAUUCAUGCCAAUGUCAAUGCAGGAGGAGGAGGGAGCGGAGGAAGUGGCGGCUAUGUCAAUUUCAAUAAUCAGCGUUUCGCCAUGGAGCCUCAGGACCAGACUGCAGUUGUAGGAGCUCGUGUGACGCUGCCUUGUCGGGUCAUCAACAAGCAGGGCACAUUACAGUGGACAAAGGACGACUUUGGUCUCGGUACGCACCGAAACCUAAGCGGAUUCGAACGCUACUCGAUGGUGGGAAGUGACGAAGAGGGUGAUUAUUCGCUGGACAUUUAUCCUGUGAUGCUGGACGAUGAUGCGAAAUAUCAGUGCCAAGUGAGCCCUGGUCCGGAGGGACAAGCAGCUAUUAGGUCAACAUUUGCCACCCUCUCUGUGCUGGUUCCGCCAGAACCGCCUAAAAUAUCUCAGGGAGAUUUCAUCAUGACCACCGAGGACCGCAAAGUGGAGAUUGAAUGCAUUUCCGUUGGUGGCAAACCAGCUUCAGAGAUAACGUGGAUUGAUGGUUUGGGAACGGUAAUCAAUGACAACAUCGAAUACACAGUGAUUCCAAUGCCGGAUUUGCGACGGUUCACUGCAAAGUCGGUCCUCCGAUUGACGCCACGCAAGGAGCACCACAAUACAAACUUCACGUGUCAGGCCCAGAAUACGGCCGACCGAACAUAUCGGUCUACGAAAAUCCGUGUUGAGGUAAAAUAUGCUCCGAAAGUCAAAGUGAGUGUAAUUGGUGGCGCUUUAGCCGGUGGCAGGAUUCCAGAGUUUGCUCAGGUGCGUCUAGAAUGCAAAGCGGAUGCCAAUCCCGGAGAAGUCCGUUACCGAUGGUUCAUCAACGACGAGCCAAUUAUCGGCGGCCAGAAAACUGAAAUGGUUAUCCGGAAUGUUACACGAAAGUUCCACGAUGCAAUCGUGAAGUGUGAGGUGCAGAACUCGGUUGGCAAGAGUGAGGAUAGCGAGACCCUGGACAUAAGCUAUGGACCACAAUUCCGCCUGCGUCCUCAGUCCAUAGAGGCUGAUAUUGGCAGCGUUGUAUCUCUGAAUUGUGAGGUUGAUGGGAAUCCCAUGCCGGACAUUGUUUGGAUACAGCAUCCCAUUGAUAGGGUUGUUGGCGGGAGCUCGAAUUUGACAUUUAGUGUAACAAACGAAACUGCUGGGCGGUACUAUUGCAAGGCAAACGUUCCUGGUUACCCAGAGAUAUCCUCGGACGCGUACGUUUACCUUAAGGGCUCUCCUAUAAUCACCUCGUCGCACUAUCAAUACGGUUUGGUUGGGGAUACUGCAAGGAUUGAGUGCUAUGCGACUUCGGUGCCGCGGGCCAGACAUGUAUCAUGGACGUUUAAUGGUCAUGAGAUUUCGGAAUCGGGACAUGACUACUCGAUACUGGUGGACGCAGUGCCUGGAGGAGUAAAAUCGACCCUCAUCAUCAGAGACAGUCAAUCGUACCACUAUGGCAAGUACAAUUGUACGGUGGUCAACGACUAUGGCAACGACGUGGUUGAGAUAAAUUUACAGGCGCAAAAAAGCGUUCCAUUACUGAUGACGAUUGUUGGAGGCAUUUCAUCAGUGGCCAUCCUAAUGAUCCUGACCAUCUUGGUAAUUGUGUAUUUCAAGUGCAAAAAACGCAAACUCCCACCGGCCGAUGUCAUCAGCGAGCAUCAGAUUUCGAAAAUUGCCGCAAAAGAGGCCGGCGACCGCACAUCCAAUUACAGUGACCUCAAGGUGGACAUCUCUGCCGGUUAUGUGCCUUAUGCCGACUACACCACCCACUACAGUCCUCCGCCCCAAUAUCUAACAACAUGUUCCACUAAAUCCGGCAGCCAUUUGCAGCAGCAACAGCAGCAUCAUAAUCAGCAGCAGCAACAGCACCAUCAACAACAGCAUCAAGCCAUCAAUGUGCCAAUGACUUUUAUAAAUGGCGGAGGCAGCCUAACGGGCAGCAUCAUUGGGUCCCGAGAGAUCCGGCAGGACAAUGGUCUUCCAAGUUUACAAAGCACCACCACCAAUGGAAGCGUGCUAAUCUAUGAUGCAUAAAGUUAAAUGGAAUCUCGAUCCUCCUCCUCUACGUCACUGCUCCUCCUCCUUGAUCAAUCGUGCUUCUAACAUCACAUAAAUAAAUAUAUGUAUAUUACAAAAAACUAAAAUUUAUUAAACUAAAGCGAACAUCGAAAACAAACAAACAAAAAUAAAAUAAACAAAGAAACUAAGCUUCAUUUCAUAUAUUACUAAACUCACAAAAAAGUAUAAAAAUAGUAUAAAUAAAUCAACUAAGAAAUUUUAACAAAAAUUCUAACAAAAUUGCGUCCCAAAUUACCAAACAACAACAAAAACUUAAAAACUUUCAUUUUAUAAAACAAAAAACAAAAAAAGCAUUGCAACCAAAUUACAUAAAACUAAAAAAUAUAUUAACUGCAUUGUCGAAAAUAAAAACAAAAAUUAAAAUUAAAUUAUUUAAACAAAACAAACAAAAUGAAAAGAUUUUUUUAUAAAUUAAGCUAAAGGUAUUAUAGAUUAUAUAUUUAACUGCAGAUUUAAAAAAGAUACAAAUAUUUUCAAAAUAGGGAAAUCGAUGCUUAGAAAUUCAAUAUUAAAAAAGAAAAAGCGUUUCCUCCUAAAUGUUUUAACUACGAUCAAUCAAAUCGAAUAGCUUUUUUGAAUAUAAAAUUUAGUAAAUAUAAAACAAACAAAAAAAAUAUUUAUAUAAACAAAACAUUGAAACAAUUAUAAUAUUUAAGAAAAAAUAAUAAAGAGAGACCCUUUUCAUGCCGUCUCUCAAGUACCUGAUUAUUUUAUAAGUUGUUAAUUUUAAGAAUAAAAUAUAAAUAAAAUUUAGUUAGUGCUUCUUAGUGUCUUAUUCAGCAGAAAGAAAACAAAAAUAUUAAAAAUAAAAAAUCGAAAUAAUUAAAUGUAUUUGUAUAUUUUAAAUUAAUAAACAAAAUAGAAAUAAAGAGAGAGAAAAAUAUAUAUAAAUAAUUUUAUUUUUAUUUUUAGAUUCAUAGUAAAAGAAUUAUUUUUUAAGAUUAACACAAAUAAAACUAUUGUCAUAAAUUAAACAAAACAACAAAAACAAAAUUUGUCCAAAAUGCUUAUUAUAUAAAAAGUUAAACUUAUUAAACAAAAAAUGAAACAAAAAUUAUAUAAAAUGAAAACAAAACGACUCCAGAGUGCUUACUAAUUUAGCUGUUAGGUUCCCAUAAAAAUGUAUUUAUAUUUUUCUAGUACCGUUUUGAUAACCGUUAUAGCGAUAAUAAUCAAAUUCUGUGUCUGUUUGUGUGUAAAGGCUUUUUUCCUUAUUUUUUUUUACUACACAUAAAAAUAAAAUAAAUAAAAGAAAACGGGACAUUGCUGUAUUGUUUUUGUCUCUCAAAUGACAGCGCACAUCAGCUGAACAACUUUAGUUGCCUUUCCGGUCGAAGCUAAAGCUAAAAGUGGCAUGAGUUCCAUAGAACAAAGGAGAAGACAGAGAAGCUCCAUAAAUUUUUACAGCAUAUAUACUACUCUGCCUUUUCCUUCUUAGACUCAUUUAACGGUUCGGUGACCUCAUAGAGGGUUGAGAUUGGGAUUGGAGUUGUAGUUGGGGUGGAUGAAAGACUGUCCCCAAAAAAAGGCUUCACUCGUAAUUUUAUUUCAUUUUCAGUUCUCUCAAACUCAUAUAAUAAUCCUCUAUCCACACCGACCGCCAUCCACCCCAAAUGUUAUUGUCUUUCCACCACCCCAAAACCACCCCAACCCUUAUAAUAUCAUGAGAAAAGAAGAGUUGUUAUUUUGGUGGUGCGUUGCGUUCGUUGCCAGAACUCAAAUUCUUUCAAAAAUACAUAUAUUUUUUUAAGCUAUAUAAAUUGGUUAAUUGAAAAAGUUUGGAUUUUUAUAUAUAUUUAAAAAAAUUAGUAAAAAU